UCCCUUCUAUUUUCCCACUCCGCCUUCACACACAUCCGUUGUGUUGACUAAUGUCAGUUCAGUGUUGCUAGUGUAAAAAAACAAAAAAAGAAACAGUCUCCUGUCAGUGGGCGUUUUGAAUGAGUCCCAGCCGGACUGAGAACCCCGGUGUGUACAAGCAUUACAACCACGUAUUUCUCUUUUUCAAGGCAGCUGCAGCCAAUCAAACCCUGGAAUUUCUUCGCGUCAUGAAUUGUGUUUUUCAGUGGGUGGGAAGGAGGAGAUUUGAACUUUGAUUCCUUUCUGCUGCAGACGAGAGCAAAGCAGCAGCAAGUAGCAACAGCUGAGCGAACAGCAGUGAACAGUCACUGCGGAGAAAGUGUUCAGCUGUCUGUCAACUUUAACGCUCAGGACUUGUUGUAUCUCCACUCAACCACGUUUCAGGACACACCAUGUCCUUCAUUCUUAUGAAAAAGAAGAGAUUCAAAUUCAAAGUUGACUUCGUCUUGGAGGAACUGUCAUCGGUUCCCUUCGUCAACGGAGUUUUAUUCUGCAAAGUCAGGCUCGUAGAUGGAGGUUUUGCCGUUGAGUCUUCUCGGGAGCCAGUCCAAGCCAACUGUGUGCACUGGAAGAAGAGAUUCUCCUUCGUGUGCAAGAUGAGUGCCAAUGCCGGGACAGGUGUACUGGAUCCUUGUGUUUGCCGGGUGUCUGUGCGCAAGGAAUUGAAAGGCGGAAAAACUUUUGCAAAGCUGGGUUUUGCUGACUUAAACCUGUCUGAGUUUGCUGGGUCUGGCAGCACCACAAGGAGGUGCCUCCUAGAGGGAUAUGACACCAAGAACACCAGACAGGACAACUCAAUUCUCAAGGUUGUCAUCACCACACAACUUAUGUCUGGAGACCCCUGUUUUAAAACUCCCCCAUCUACAGCCAUGACUCUGGGAAUCCCACAGGCUGAAGCAGAGUGUCUCCUUGAGGAGAGGAAGGGAGGGGAUAAGCACAUAUCCCAUUCAAUCACUGCAACUCCAGGAAAUUCGGUAUCAGUCCCAGAGGAUCUGGUAGCAUACAGUCACUCCAGAACACCCAGCUAUGCAAGUCAGUUGUCAAAAAUCUCAGGUUACAGCUCGAAUCACUCCAGUUUAACAGAUCUGAGCCAUCGGAGGAGCGAAUCAGGAGGUUCUGCCUCCACAGGCAUUGGCAGCAUCCUGGAGCCCAGUGAGCAGCAGGUAGAGAGAGGAGAGAAGGAAAGCAGGUCCACUCCCCCAGUCUCUGCAACCUUCCAACAUGCACCUGAACAGCCCUCUACACCUGCCAAGUUACCAAGACAUCCAGUUAAGCAGAACUCAAUGGAGAAUCAGUUGAAGAGGGUAGACGCCACCAGGGUGGAUGCUGACGACAUAAUAGAGAAAAUCCUGCAGAGCCAAGAUUUCAGCCGUGACUUCUUGGACUCCAGUGCAGAGGAGGAGGGCCUGAGCUUGUUUGUAGGUCCUGGUGGGAGUACAGCCUUGGGGAGCCAGCACACAAGGGUUGCAGCUGGAGCCUUUGAGCAGGUGGUGAUCAAGCGCUAGGCUUUGGGAAGCAUGUGCCUGUCAUAAAGGGUGCCGUAUUACAUUGAUGCAGAGGACACAAGACAGAGCAGCGGAGCAGAGGCGGCAUCAGAAAACUGCUCCCCUCCUCACUCUGGGAGAUUUCAUUCCUCUUAUGCAAUCCCACUGCAUAUUACCUACAGCAUCUGUAGACCAGGAGAGCCCUCUAGUGUUCAAGAAGUGGACUUAAAGGCCGCAUUGUCGGAACAUUUUGGUGACUGAAAUUAUACUGACAUUUCUGUUUGUCAUGUGUUCUAAGAAAACUGUAAGACAAGGGAUUGGUGCUGUAAAUCGACCAUAUUCCUCUGUUCACCCCUCCCUGUAGUAUUUGUGUGGAUGUGUGUCUUAUGUUUUUUGUUAUUUAAAAAAGUAUGUGAAAGUCUUCAACAUGUUUUUUUUCUGGUACAGUUGCAUUUUGUUUAACUGUUUUACUGGUACCAGAAGUGUAAGUGGGUGGUGAUAAAGGAUGUAAAAGUGUUUCUCUUAAACUGACUGAGCAUAGAAGAGAAGAAGUCACAAGUUGUCUGUCCUCUUCAAAACUGCUAAUUAAUAUGAAUGUCACUCAAGACUCUGUGAGCAGGAUGUUAUGUAAGGGGAAAAUCUCAGACCGCCACAAAUAAGUGGUUGGAGGGGGGACUGUGUCUGUCCCCUGCAGUCCCAUGUAUUUACUUAGAAGAACAGAAACUUGUCACUGUGGAACUGCAGGUUCCGUCCUCUUAGCUACUAUCACAAGUCCGCCUUCACUGAUAAUCACCUCCUCACCUGGUUGUGAGGGAGGUUGACUUUAUUGAAAAUAUAACACUAACACCAUUAAGUUUUUAUAUUUGGUUCCUUUGGUAUGAUAUCUAGUUGUGUGACUGUGUGUGCAUGUAUGACUGUUGUCUGUUGAGUGAGAGUAAUGAAUUUAUUUUUAACAAGACUUUGCCAAUGUGCAAAACUCAGUAAAAUGUAUAUUUGAUGCCAUUUGUGAAGUCAUAUCCAUAGAAUGUAAACUUAGGUUAAUGUGUUGACAAAAUACAUUUUAUACCCACUUGGAAGCUGUUAUUUAGUGCAAGUCAACAGUGUAAAGGCUAUAGUGUUUUUAAGAUUCCUGUGUUGUCUUUAAAAUGUUGAAAGUUUAUCUUGUAUUUAAGGCCAAAUCUGUAAAUUAAAAAAAUGUGCACUCUG